CAUGCUCAGUCAGUGGUCAUUUGGGAGUGUGUAAACUGCGCUAUAGCUGCUGCUGAGAUCAUAUAACCGAAGCUUUGCUGCUUGUGAACCGGUGUCACGUCCUAUAGUGACAGCUACUUGGAUAUCUCCGGUCAGUGAACGUUGAGCAUUUCCUGGAAAACAAGCAUCAAAUUGAUGACCAACAUUAGUGGAAAGAAAUUGACAUUUGUUUCAGCUUCUGUUUUAAACGUGAAAAUCCUUUCAGGAGAAUGGCAACAGACGAUGAUAAGAAAGACAUGUGCAGUACUGUCCAUGUCCACAAUCCACAUCUGGAUGCAUUGAAAGAUGACAUACUCUACCAUUUCAAUCUGGGAACCUCAACUCACGACCUACAAGCAAUGUUUGGCGAUGUUAAAUUUGUGUGCGUUGGAGGCAGUCCCCGGAGGAUGAAAUUGUUCAUUGAAUACAUUGCUGGCGAGCUGAGUUUUGAGGAUCAGAAAUCUGAGUUCCCAAACAUUUGUGCUGGCACUGACCGCUAUGCCAUGUAUAAAGUUGGGCCUGUGCUGUCUGUCAGUCAUGGUAUGGGGAUCCCAUCUAUAUCCAUCAUGUUACAUGAACUCAUCAAGCUCCUGCACCAUGCACAGUGCACAGACGUUACCAUCAUGCGCAUUGGGACCUCGGGUGGAUUAGGCCUUGAACCAGGCACUGUGGUUGUCACCAAGGAGUCAGUGGAUGCCUCAUUCCUGCCCAAGUUCGAGCAGGUCAUCCUGGGGAAGACAGUGGUUCGCAGCACUGACUUGGACCAGUGCCUGGCUGACGAGUUGUUGCAGUGCAGCAAGGACUUGGGCCUGUUUGACACGGUCAUUGGCAAAACCAUGUGCACGAUGGAUUUCUAUGAGGGACAAGCUCGUUUAGAUGGAGCAUUCUGUUCCUACUCUGAGAAGGACAAGCAGGAGUACUUGGCCAAGGCGUAUCAGUCUGGAGUCCGCAAUAUUGAGAUGGAGUCCUCAGUGUUUGCUGCCAUGUGCAAACUCAGUGGUUUACGAGCUGCUGUCGUGUGUGUGACCCUGCUGGAUAGACACAAAGGAGAUCAGCUGACCAGCUCCCAUGAAGUUCUUCACAACUACCAACAACGUCCACAAAUACUGGUCGCCCACUUCAUCAAGAAGAUGUUGAAUGCUUCUGGCCAAAGCUAGUAUGUUGCUUGUUGGUAGGCUACUGUAACUAGGUAUUUGCUGAAAUUUGAAGCCUAGUGUUAGAGCAUCCCAGGGAAAUUAAAUAGUGUAGCCUGAAUUUGAUUUUAUUAUUCAAUCACAAUCAUAAACACAUUCCUAGAUAUUUAUUGCUGCUCACUAUAUCUGUGAUUAUUAUUAUGAAUGAUUAUUGCUUAGUGAUUCGUAAAGAAUGCAAUUUAUUGAUCGGCAGAAAUGGAACUUAAGUUCCUCUUAAGUGUAAUUGUGUUGGCCCAUGACUUUGUGCAAUUGUUUUUUGAAAGAUGGUCUUAAAAAAAAAGAUGAGCAAUCAGAGAGCAAAAAGUGACGUUGUAAUCUUUCAACCAGGGGUCUUACAGGGUUCUUCGGCUUUGUUGCUACAAUUAGGCUAGCUAUUGAUAGAGUUAAUGACAAUCUCUUUUAAAGACUUCAUGACAGGCUCCCAUGGUGUAGAUUGUUUUAGAGUGUUGUACUUCUUGAUCCUACCCUUCCGUUUAUCCAAGCAAAUUGUCAGGUGAAAUUAAGAAUUCAGUUCUUGAAGUCGAAUUUUACCAGAUGAUGUUGUAGACUUAUUAUGAAAGGAUUACUACAGGUGCCUCAUUUUCAAAUCUACCUCUGUUUGUCAUGCCCAAGUUCACCAAAAGCUUUAAAUGUAAAGUAAGUUAUUCUAUAGAUUGUUGCAUUCUGUGACAUACUGUAAACACAAACAGCUAUUGAACAGAAUAGCAUGUCCUGCCCGAGUAUAAUUAUCUCAAAUAAAUACAUAUAUACAUACAGUAUAUUUAUACAUAAUAUAUAUAUAUAU